AAUGAAGGGAUAAGUAAUAGCAUGACAAAUAAAUGGAGAGCAAGUAGGACAUUGUCUCUCAAUGCAAGUUUAGCAAACAGAAUAGGUUAGAAAAUGAAAAGUUGAGACGGUAAAUCGUCCCGUGUGUUCGGAUAAGUCUCAUGUUACAUCCCCGAUCUUCUGAUCCCUAUGAUGUUCUAUUUUUGGUUCAUCUUAAUCUCGUCUCCCUCAUCUCUCUCUCUCUCUCUCUCAUUCACUCAUUGUAGACCAAGAACUCUCAACAGAAGCAGUUAACUCAGUUUAAGAUAACUUGCCAAGGAAAAGGGCCAAAAUAUUGAAGGUUCUGAGUAAUUCCUUUGUCUCUGGUGAAAGAAUACAUUAAGGGGAGACACAGGAAUUUCUAUGGCCGGAAAUAGGCAUGCCUACGUCGGACUUUAUAAGGAACCGCAGGAGUUCCAACAUUCCCCGAAGUUUGCCUCGUCUGCCAUGGGAGCCCAACCGGAGACAGUUCUGAGAGAAGCUAAAGACACCGAGAACACUCAUUGGAUGGCUGUUCCUCAGUUCGGGGGAUGGGAUCAGAAGGCCCCAGGAGCUACUGACUAUUCAAUGGUGUUCUCCCGAGCCCGUGCUAACAGGAAGCAGCACAAGAGCGAUCUGACCCGGAGCCUUGGGAACGAGAAGGAGCUUCUCGCUGCUACCCCCUAUCACCAUCAACCAGAAGACCCCGUUGUGAAGAAGAAGAGGAUCCUCACCUACAUCAACUGCUGUAUAAGGCCUUGAAAUUCGACCGUUUCUUCAAAUCUUCCCGGUUAUUCAUCCCUUCAGCAAACUGAAUAUAGUUUUAUGUCUUUGGUACGUGAAAGCGUAAGAUGAGAUUCAAUCAUCUAUCGCGAAACUCAAGCAUCUGUAAAUCUUUCAUGCUGCUAAAAUAAAUGUCUCGUCUCCUCAA